AUGGACUCAGCUAAGAAGAUUUUAGAAAAGAAGACGAACAAUGGCAAAAUAUCCAAAAUAAAAUCAUUUGAAGAAGUUCUUACCGCAUAUAGGACUACCAUAAAGGACUCGCAAAUGUUCAAAGAUUUAUGCGAAGCAUUAGACUCUUACAUAACCGACAUUGAUAGAAUACGAUGCCUCGCCAUUGGAACUUUCCAUGACGAUACACCUGCCAAGUAUCAAUUGGCUCUUCUGCUAGAAUUGGUUGACUUUAUUAAAGUUAAGGGAUCUCGAGAAACCAUCCCGGUAUCCAUUUAUGAUCCAGUCUUUAGUAAAGAGGAUAAAGAAUACAUCGAAGGAAUUGUAGACCCUUGGACUAUUGAUGAGCGAUGGCCAACGGAUAAGGAUUGGAACUCUGAAAAGACUUUAUUUUUUCUUCCUCAUGCCCCGUUAGACCUCACCGAAAUCAUAUUAAAAGAGGAAACCCCACGAUUUUGGUUGGCAAAUAACGUUAUAGAACAUACUGAUAGAUAUACCCUGCUGCAAUUAUUUGAAAAAUAUCCUCAUAUAGCGAAAUUGAAGCACCUUUUGGAAUCACAACAACCUGCUGCUAAGAUUACUACAACAAAUGAUGAAUUUGAAACUUUUGUAUCCAAGAGGAAAAAAAGAACUAACAAAAAUAAGUCCAAAUAUAAGUUUGAAGAACCUGUUAUUAAUUAUGAUUCAGUACACACACAUUUCAAGGAAUGUAAAAUUUUAACCAAUUUCCAGAAUGGGGCUCUGUUAAAAGAUAAGGAAUGGUUAAAUUCAUUUUCAGAUUUAACUUUGCAUUUAAUAGAAUAA